AUGGAGUUAACGCCAUUCUUCAGCCCUGAAUACUUCACAGACCAACCAAAAAAGACAGAACUUAUAAACACCCUUUUGCAAGAUGCGUAUAAGGACAGAAAAAGAGCAAACCUCUCCGCCGAUUGCUUUGGUAAAAAGGAAAGUGGCGAUGGCCCCAGAGUGACUGGAGUGUCCUGUAGCCCCAGGCCUUCCUCCCCGCGCGGCCUGGCGGGCGCCCACUACUCCCAAGGCUGGAAGGCAAGGCGCCCAGCGCUCGCACACCCCCGGCCGGGAUUGGCCGGCCAAGCAGUCAUUCAGAGCCGACACGUCAGGGCAGCCGCUCCCUCCCUCCUCCCGCCCUCUUCUCCCCGCGCUUGGCAAGAAAAGCGGGCAACGUGGAGCGGGAACAAAGGACCCCGCGGCCCACGGCGAUCUUGGACGCGGUGCCACCCCACUCCAGGCCCCAGGCACAGAUGCCGCCUUGGACCGGCUCCCGGUCCACAUGCGCCGGGUCCUGGGAGGUCUCCGGGCGGAAAGUCGGGACCUCGGUUAAACCCAGACACUAGGAGUCGAUUCCUGACAGCGGGAAUACAGAGAUUCCCGCGCCCUCCUUCCGAACUCCCGCCCUACUUCCUAUGCCCCAGCUCUCUCCGAGGCGGCCGGCACGCGCCUCAGCAGCCGACGCGACCCGGCAACCAUGGCAGCUCCAGGAGCGCGGGCCCCGCGCGGCGCCGGCUCCUCGCCCCCAGAAAGCCGCGGCAGCGACUUGGAGCGUCCUCCCCCGGGACCAGAACGCCGCUCCGCGUCUCGCACCGUCUCCCCCAGCCGCCCGCGCCAUCUCUCAUCAAGGACUCCGGUCGCACCCUCUUCCUCUUCCACCGUCUAGGACCUGCGCGUAUUACCUGGUUCAUCUCUGAAGAGAUGGAAAAACUCAUGUCUGGUGCUUCGAUGGGGAGUAGGAGGAAGCGGGCGGGAAUCGGCGCAACGGAAAGCGCCUCGAGGCCGCGGAGGGGGGGAGCGAUCGAGCGGGAAGAGGAGCGGAGGCUGCGAGGAGGGGGCAGGGCCACCGAGGGUUCGUGGGGACUCGCUCACUCGCUCGCUGGCACUGCCGCGCCAAAGCAGCAGGCGGAGAAACUGCCGAGCAGCUCUGAGCGACCGACCUCCACGCGCGUCCCGGAGACACUGCUGCCGCCGCCGCCGCCGCCGCCGCCGCCGCCGCCGCCCGCUCGCGCCGCACCCCCUCGCACGUCACCACGUGCCCCGCCGCCGCCGCCGCCAAUGCCUCCAGGCUGCUUCCGGCUCAAACCGUCAGCGAAUCACAAGCGAGCACCAGAAAGCUCCGGCUCGCGGCCCCGCCCACCGUUCGCCCCGCCCCGUCCUUCUCCGUCGCCCCCUUGGGUUCGUUCCCUUCCUGCUGGGCUCAAGGCGGCUAUCCCUUCGGAGAACAGUCCGUUCUUUGCUGGUCUUGCCCUCUUUUGGAAAAAGAAAAUAGCCUGGAGAAUCUGCAGUCCCUAUCCUAACCUUCUGGGGCCAUUUAGACCUCAUACCAAACCUAGUUAUCCACCCUGCCACUUUGCCCCCAAGAGGCAAACCCGUUCCAGGGACACAUGAGGUAUACUGGGCUCUGACGGCAACUUCAUGUGACUGAAGAGCAUGUUGGAAAGUUUCCUAGAUUAAAGGCAACUCCAGACUCAAGCCUAUCCAAUUACUAUAUAAUCCAGAUGAAAACUUCAAAAUGGAACACUGGCAAUUUCAACCCUAUCAGGAGUGAAGCCUGACUGAACCUGGAAAGGCAAUAAACCUUCCUUUGGAGACUUUCUCCUAAGAGAGGAGUUUCCAUGAGCCAUUGCUGGCAACAGCGGUCAGGAAUCCGAUGAUCCUCCUUCUGGCGAAUCAUUGGAAGGUGAAUAGUAGCCUAACUUUACAUCACAACACCUGCGUCUGCGUGGUUCACUGUUCACUUGCUUCGCUUCAUCUCAUCCUGGAGGCAUUUUAUCCUCUCCAUCAUCACAAGAAAGGUACCAGCUGUCAGCUGUGGUGAAAAGCGGAGAUUCUCCUUCUAAAGAACCCUUAGGGAGAGACAGAGCAUGA